AUGGCGGGCUGUGGCUUGCUGUCAUCCUUCUUGCGGCGCAAGAGUCCUAACCGUCCGAUUUUCAGAAAACGUUUGCGACGGGCUGCACGAAGGGAUUGUUCUAAAGGCUCUGCUGGAACCAUCACUUCAUCCGACGAUGAGGAAUACGAUAGUAGUGGGUCUCUUCGUCAGGUUACGAAACACUCCUCGCAUGAGGAGAAGGUACCUCCCCAGCGCCGCGAACAAUCCGAAGAAGCGCACGACACAGACCCUGGUCUUCUGAAAAAGCAUUCAUCCUACCUUUCCUAUACUACCUCUGUUGCGACUUAUCCAUCGAUAAGGACACUAUAUCGCCCUCAUCCACAGGCAGACAAGUUGCCAACGAAGCCCUCAUCCGUCCCCUUGUUGGUAUUCGUGCAUGGACUGGGAGGGUCUUUAGCUCAGUUCAAUCACCUGCUGACAAGCUUGUCAAACGUCGGGCCAUGUUUCGGAAUUGAUCUACCGGGUUGCGGAUUGUCGAACUUUGCGCCGACCUCUUGGGACGCAUAUACUGUUGACGCACUGGCGGAGUUACUCGCCUCCGCCAUCGAUCAGCAUCGCGACAAAGAGAACGGUCAAGGGGUCGUCCUGAUUGCCCAUAGUCUUGGCUGCUCUCUGUCGGCAUUGUUGGCUUCCUCAACCUCAUCGAUAGGAUCCCAACUUAAAGAGCAUAUCCUUGGCCUUAUCGCUGUUUGCCCUCGAUCAUCGCCUCUAUCUCCUCAAGAGGUUGCUUCGUAUCGCCGUCUUCUCCACAUCCCUGGUCCUAUUUUUGAUCUAUGGCGCCACUGGGACCGUCGCGGUGGCUUGACUAGUGCCAGCGUCACCAGACUCGUCGGUGCGGAUGCCGACUCCGAUACUAGAAAUCUCCAGGUGCGAUACAACAAACAGAGCAAGACCCCUGUGUGGAGACGCAUGGCUUGGGGAACCCUACCUACUUACGACCGCAAUGGCUCAAAUCCUAUUGGGGGACUCCCGGGAAGAGACGUCUGGGCAGGUGUGGAAACCCCUGUCUUGCUUGUGGCCGGUGAAUCCGAUACAGUAACCAAACCCGAGGAACUGCAGAAAAUUCUUCGGUUUUUCGAGGGUACGGAAUGCGUUGUUGGUGGCGAUACUAAAGGCAGCCACGCUAUCCCUGAUGCCUCCAAUAACGGGGACAAGCAAGCUUCAGAGAAUUCUCUUGCGCAUGAGGAAAAAUACGGCAUCGAGCCCCGAACUGAUGAAAAAGAACUCACGCCUAUCUCCGAGACAAAUCAAAUCAAGCGCUCUGUCAAGACAGUCAUUCUUCCUGCUCCAGCUUCCCAUGCGCUUCUGUAUGAUCGUGCUACUUACCGCACUCUGGCUGGAGUCAUUCAAGAUUUUCUUCGCCAACACAUCGAUCACCGGCUCAACAUGGGCUGGCAACUGCAAUACUUGAAUACAUCCGGCAAGUGGGAUGUCAAGAACCUGGCCAAAUGGCAAAAGGUAACUCCGGUCUCGGAGCGCAUUGCCAACACCUUUGUCGCCCUUAAAAUGCUACGAGAGGUCGACGAGGAACACAACCCGGUGUUGUUCUCCCAGAAGUACCGCGAUCAGAUCUAUGCUGUAAUUGAUAUCAGCUAUGAGAACCCCGUAUACAAUCCGGCGUCGAUGGAAAAUGGAGGAAUUCACUACCACAAGCAUCCCACGGUGUCAAAGAUUCCGCCCACUACGGACGAGACUAGAGACUUCAUUGCUCUGGUGGAUCGACUUGAGAAUGAGAUCACCGAGAAACUGGAAAAGCCUGAGAAUAGCCACCUUCCACGGCCUAUGAUCGGAGUCCAUUGUCAUUAUGGGUUUAAUCGGACGGGGUUUCUAAUUGUCUGCUACCUGAUUGAACGAUGCGGGUACAGCGUGCAGGGGGCCAUUGAUGAAUUCGAAAGACGACGACCGCCAGGCAUCCGCCAUGCGCAUUUUAUCGACACACUCUUCGUGCGAUAUUGCAUUGGAUUAAAGAGAGCACCAACUCUUUGA